AGGUUUUCGUGACAUACUGUGUUCAUUCCGUGGUGUAUCCGUUGCUCUCCUGACCCGUCUAUUGCAAUUUUACUAAAGAUGGGUGUUGCCGCCAGUCGGAAAUCCAUUGAUAUUUCGUCGAAAGUCGCAAAGGAUGCUUCAGAUGAACCUGUUGCAGUAGUUCCUGAAGAUGCGAAAGUUUCGGUUUCUGAUUCCCUGGAAAGAAACGCUGACGGUGCAACUGUUAACCCUGAGCGAAAAGAAACUCCGAACACUGACGAGUCUGCUGAAGCAUCAAACAAUGAAAGAACGGAGGACGAGACAAAUCCUGUGAACUCGGUGGAAAACAAAUCUGGCACUAAAGAAAAUGGAGAGGAAUCCAAGGGCAAAAAAGGAAAGAAGAAAUUGUCCUUCCGAAGCCUGAGUUUCUUGAAGAAUAAGCAAAAGAAGCACCAAAAUGACGAAGCAACUCCUGAAGAUUCAAACGAGAAUGUGGAUAUCUCCGCUGAACAAGUUACUGGAACAAAUAAAUCUGAAGAAGACAAUGAGCAGAAAAGCACCCAAAAAUCCGAGGUGAAUGCAAACAGUGAUGCAGAAGUGAAAGCUGUUGCUUUCGAGAAGGUUCCUGAGGAUUCUGAGAACAGAACGGCUAUUCCAGAUGAAACUGAAGAAGCUGUUCUUGGCGAGGAAGACAGAGAUAUUGGAAUUAACUCUGCAGUUCCUCCUACUGAUCCACCGCCUCCACCACCGCCUUUGUCUGAUCAUGAAGAUGCUUGA